AUGACAAUCUACACUAAAGACGAGCUAUUUGGGCUGUCGGUAUUGGGUGUUCCCGCGCGUCAGGUUUUCUGCACGUCUCGUACAAAGCAAGAGGUAUCGUCUAAAGCAGGCUAUUUUGAAUCAAUUGGUAUAGAAGUAGAAGUUGUUUUAAGCGGAAGUGACGCAUUUUACGUGCUUUCGAGCCUAUUGGCGCAGGAUGUCGCUACGUUUGUAUUUACAGACCAAAAAACUGUACUGGGAGCAACGCCAGAUUUAAACAAAUUGAAGAAUUUUGCUGCGGUGGUGAGUGUUGAAUUGGAAGUUUCAGGCUACUGCCUAAUCCCAUCUCUCAAGGAUUAUUUUCCCGUUAUUUUAAUCUCCAGUAAUGCUGAAGAUUUCCAGAGGUCGGUUUUCAAGGCAACUGAGCUUGCUUGCACUCUUCGGCAGCCCAUUUUGCACCUAUAUGAUGCAGAGGGUAUUUCUGAAAUAAAUUCCACCAUUGUGGAUAGCUUUCAUUGCGAAAUAAAUGAGGUUCCCUUGGAUACUCAAGAGUCGAUCGCAAGCGAGUAUAAUGUGGUUACAAGUGAAUCGAAUCGUGUGCUGGUCGUUAACCUAUCUCCCUAUGGUAAACAAUUCCUGGAGAUCCUACCAAAUGGAGUGGCCUUUUAUGAUGUGACAACAUAUUCUCCAUUUGACUUUGUGAGGUUGUUAGAGGCUACACCUUCCUCGGUGGAGAGGAUUGUUGUUGUACAGGGUAGUGAUAAUAAGCCAUUUCAAGUAAUUUACGAGCCUAUUUUAGUUGACCUAUUUGCUGAUUUCAACACUUUGGUCGAAAAAGCUAUUGAUAAUGUCAUAGUCACUAAUGUUGGAAGGUUGGAGAACAUAUCCGCUACUUUUGAAUCUAUUAUAUCGAACGCUUUAAGUUCUGAUCCUUGUAAAACACUUUACUUAUCUGAUGUUGAAAAGAAAAGAGAAGAUGAGGUAUCCUCGAGAUUAAUUGACAAUGUAUUGUUCUUGGAAGAAGCUUACACUCUUGUUUUGGAACAGAUCUUUGGAAAGAAUCUUCAGAUCCUGAAUCAAUUCGGUGGGAAGAGUGAUAAAUCAUCAAAUCUUGAGCAUGGAUUUGGUAAAUAUUUAAGGCAGCAGGAAAAUAGACAGAGGUUAAUCUCCAUUAGCAGUAAUCUUUUAGAUCCUACUUUAUUUGAAUACGAAGGCAUAAACCUUGUGACAUUACUCUCACGAUGGAUAUCCUAUAACAAAGAAGUUGCUACGCAAACAAUGCUGAAUGAAGCUAAUAGUUUAGCUGAAGAACUUUAUCAGCUUUUACUAAAAAAUUCCCAUUCUGACGCUGCAAAGUCUAUCCUCGAUUUUGGCCCAGAUGUGGAACACUUCAAAUUUAAUUCUACUUGGUUGAUUGGUUCGGAUGCGUGGGCUGCCGACAUUGGUAACUCUGGAGUCCAUCACCUAUUAAGUUCCUGUGUUAAUUUAAAUGUCCUGAUCGUUGAUUCUGAUCCAAUGAAGGACUCAAAACGAAUUGGAGUGCGUAAAAAGGAUAUAGGUCUUUAUGCCAUGAAUUUCCGUAACGCCUACGUUGCUUCUGUAGCAGCAUAUUCUAACUAUAGCCAAAUGUGGAAUGCUAUUAUAGAAGCUUCAAAAUUUAAAGGCCCCUCAAUAAUUCUGGCGUACUUACCUUAUCAUUCUGAGAAUGAUACACCACUGGAAGUUCUCAAGGAGACUAAACGCGCUGUUCAGUCGGGGUACUGGCCACUUUAUCGUUAUGACCCAACUGAAGCAUCUGAUUCUGAUGUAUUUAAACUGGAUUCAACUGUUAUUAGAAAACAACUCAAAGAUUUUCUUGAUCGUGAAAAUAGAUUGUCUAUCCUGUCUAGGAAGUCACCAGAGUUCUCUAGCUAUCUGAAGAUGUCGGCUACAGACGUCAUUAAUUCAAAUCGGGAAAGAAAGGCAAAGGCGGCUGUGGAUGAAAUGUUACGAGGUCUAUCAGGCCCUCCACUAAGUAUUUAUUAUGCUUCGGAUGGUGGUACAGCAUCCGAUUUGGCGAAGUUUUUAUGUUCAAAAGCAGUUGCAAGGGGAGUAAAGGCAACUGUUUUUUCAAUGGAUGCAAUUGUGCUUGAAGAGUUGCCAACAGAAGGUAAUGUGGUAUUUAUCACGUCUACUGCUGGUCAAGGUGAGUUCCCGCAGGAUGGUAAAGCGUUUUGGGAGGCAUUGAAAUCAUCCGUUGAUCUUGAUUUGUCCUCUAUCAGCUAUUCUGUAUUUGGGCUGGGUGAUUCUCUAUAUUGGCCUCGAAAAGAGGAUAAACACUACUAUAAUAAACCAGCUGUUGAUCUUUUUAAAAAACUGCAACAACUGGGUGCGAAGUCAUUUGUGCCAUUGGGAUUAGGAGACUCUCAAGAUGCGGAUGGAUACAAAACUGCCUAUGCUAUUUGGGAACCGCAAUUAUGGGAAUCGCUGGGUGUUAGUAAUGAGUGCAGUGUUGAUGAUGAUUUCAAGCCAAGAACUAAUGAAGAUAUCAAAAUAGAAUCAAACUAUCUGAGAGGAACAAUAGCAAAGUCCCUGCUAGAUGAUUCAACUGGGGGAGUACCUCACGAUGACGAUGUUUUAAUGAAAUUUCACGGCAUUUAUACCCAAGAUGACCGUGAUAUUAGGGAUAUUAGAAGAUCUCAAGAAUUAGAACCAUAUUACAUUUUCAUGGCAAGAAUUAGGUUACCUGGUGGAAUUGCAACGCCUGAGCAAUACCUAAUGUUGGAUCACCUCGCAGAUAAGACCGGAAAUGGUACCGUUAAGUUAACCACGAGAGCUACUUUUCAAUUACACGGUAUUAUAAAGCGAAACUUAAAGCACAGUAUUAGAGGCUUAAACUCAACUCUCUUGGAUACUCUAGGUGCAUCCGGGGAUGUCAACAGAAAUGUGAUGGUUACUGCCUUACCAUAUAACAAUAAAGUUCAUAAACAGGUUUCUCGAGUUGCUUCGGAAAUUUCAGAGUAUUUGCUCCCAAAUUCUACUGCCUACCAUGAAAUUUGGUUAGAAGGACCCGACGAUAUGGAUGAAGAUCCAAAUUGGGUAGCAGCUUGGGAAGGUGCCAAAGGUGGCCCCAAAAAAAAAAUGCUUGUCGGUGGUAAUGCUUUACAAGAUUUUGAACCGUUAUAUGGUCCAACCUACUUGCCAAGGAAGUUUAAGGUCAAUAUAACUGUUCCCCCUUAUAAUGAUGUAGAUGUGUGGGCAGUCGAUGUUGGCCUUAUAGCCAUCAUUGACGACUCGGAUAAUUUGGUGGGAUUUAAUGUUCUUGUAGGCGGUGGUAUGGGUACAACUCAUAACAAUAACAAGACUUACCCAAGAGCAGGUUCGCCAUUUGGUUUUGUGACCGUUGAAGACGUUUGCACUGUUAUUGAGAAGAUUGUUAUUGUCCAGAGAGACUACGGUGACCGUACCGAUCGAAAGCAUGCAAGGCUUAAGUACACCAUUGACGACCUUGGAGUUGAUGUUUACAAGGAAAAGGUUGAAGAAUUGUGGGGAAAGAAAUUUGCUCCAGAACGUCCGUAUACCAUCACUUCCAAUAUCGAUUACUUUGGCUGGGUAAAAGACGAGUUGGGAUUAAAUCAUUUUACUGCAUUUAUUGAAAAUGGUAGGGUCGAAGAUACACCAAGUCUUCCACAGAAAACUGGUCUGAGGAAGAUAGCAUCCUAUAUGAGGGACACGAGAUCUGGUAACUUCAGGUUAACAGGUAACCAGCAUAUUAUUAUUUCAGAAAUAGAAGAUAAACACUUGGAAGCCAUACAGGGUCUUUUAAACAAGUACAAACUAUCAAACUAUGACUUCACUGGUUUGAGACUCUCGUCCUCUGCAUGUGUCGCCCUACCAACCUGUGGUUUUGCUAUGGCUGAAUCAGAAAGGUAUUUGCCCUCUCUAAUUACCAAAUUAGAAGAUACAAUAGAGCAGUACGGCCUUCGUCAUGAUUCGGUAAUCAUGAGAAUGAGUGGGUGUCCAAAUGGCUGCUCUAGGCCCUGGUUAGCUGAAGUUGCUUGCGUCGGUAAAGCUCCUGGUGUUUAUAAUUUACUACUCGGCGGGGGUUACUAUGGUCAGAGACUAAACAAACUAUACCGUGCUUCGAUUAUGGAAGAUGAGAUAUUAGCCAUUAUGAAGCCAUUAUUCAAGAAAUGGUCAUUAGAAAGACAGCAAGAUGAGCACUUUGGCGAUUUUUUGAUUAGAGCAGGAGUUAUCAAGCCAACUCUCGAAGGUAAGUACUUCCAUGAAGAUCUACCCGAAGAAGCUACUGAAAUUACAUUAUAA